GAUGUCAUUUAUGUCCACGCCAUUUUUGUUGGGGAGCAGUCGUGUCUCCAGAAAAGAGAUUAGAUUGUGUUCAGGUACGUCAAACGGUACCUUCAUUGGUUAUUAUUUUUAAACAAUAUUUUGGCUUUUCUGGCCACCGGACCACCCGCUCGUCCCGUCACACUCACAGAAUGUCGUCAGAGAACCUGGACUCGGACACUCAGCUGGACUACGAGGACGAAAAACAGGACUCCCAGGAGAAGAACGCCAACCCGGUGAAGGUCGAGGAAGCCAAGCUGAAGGCCAAGUACCCCUGUCUAGGUCAGCGGCCCGGCGGCCCUGACUUCCUCAUGAAACGGCUACAGAAAGGGCAAAAAUACUUCGACUCCGGCGAUUACAACAUGGCCAAGGCAAAGAUGAAGAACAAGCAGCUUCCCGUGGCGGGGCCCGACAAGAACCUGGUGACCGGCGAUCACAUCCCCACGCCGCAAGACCUGCCACAGAGGAAGUCGUCCUUGGUGACCAGCAAGCUCGCCGGCUAGCCUUCAACGUCACACUAGGAGACCACGCCCUCCCUCACCCGUAUCCCUGCCCCUUGUCCCCCGUUGUUGCACCAACCACCACCACUCCCUCUUCAACUGUCAUCUGCAGGCAACAUCCAGGCAGACUUGUUGAGUUGAUGUGCUUGUUUGUGGGGUGGAAGGAGGUGUCCUCCACUUCUGAGCACACUUCCCCCUACUGUGCACUCUGCUCCACCUCUUGCCUUGGCUGUCCGUGUUCCAAGAUUGUUGCCAUCAGCAGGUGUGUGGCUUCGUUGGGGGACUUUGUGCACUUUGUAUUUUGGUGAUUGUUGUGCGUCAGGGACUCAGGAUCCACCUUCAUGCUCCAGGAUGCAGUAUGGGUUUCGAACGCGCGCACAUCCUUACUUGCUCGUAUACCAAAUUUGCGCGGGUGCGAUGGGAGUUUACGUCGCUUUACUUGUUAUUCCCUCGAAAAAACACACUGCAUGAUUGUAACCGAUAAGAAAUCCUAACGGAAGAGGGACCAUCUUCUUUUGUUUUGUAUUUUUUUUGCUGUCCGGACAAUCUGCAGCGCAAUCCAGUCGCUGAACUUUAUCCGACUUCUGCUUUAGCCAGCAAGCACCGUUGCACUGGCCGCAUGCUCCUCGCAGUUGUGCUCACACAGGCAUGCCCUUUGUGCAGUUCAGUUGUGUGCUUUAAGCAGGAAAUUAAGCUUCCAAGUGGGAGCAACAUUAUGAUUACUACAUCCAUUCUCACAGACUGUCUGUCCUGGAGACUUAUCAUUCAAAAGCACACUAGCCUAAAUGUUGAGUGUUAAGUCACAUGAUGACAGGAGUCGUCAUCUUUUGUGGACUUGUGGCCCACCGUGCAUGUGUGCUGCUUCAGUUUGGGCGGUUUUAAAGAUAUCCAUGGAUGAUGAAAUAAGGCAACAUAAAAGAUCAUUUGACUCCAGUAAACCUACUUUGUCAAUGUUUCUGCAAGUGAAGUUUGAACGCAAAAUGAAAAUCCAUUUGAGCAUUUAUGCCGUAUCCUUGAUGUCCAUGUACUAGCAAACUCUUUGUCCUCACUAGUAAGACAUUGCAGCUCAUUAGUAGAACGACUGUCUUACUCGUAAGGUUUCCCACUACAGGUGCCACUUUUGGCCUACUAGUAAGACAUUACGCUGGAUAUCAAAUAAAUGCUCAAAUGGCUUUAUGGAAAGCCGUUUGAGCAUUACAGUGGGGCCCAGCUAUUCACGGGGGAUAGGGACUGGGCCCGACCAUAAAUAGCGUACAUUUGUGGAUAGUUGAUGCCCAUUAUAAUUUCAAAUAUUUUUCUUUUACGCAUCAAAUUCUUGAAUAAGCGGGAAUAUUGUGUUUUCAGGUUUGGUUCCAACCAAAAGAUGGAAAAAAAUGGGAAUAAAAAUCUCUUGAAUCGGUAAAUCCGCAAGUGCCGAACCGCGAGUUUGCGGUGGUCCAGUGUACUUGAUAUCCAGCUUAAGGUCCAUGUACGAGUACGCUCUUUGUCUUCACUAAUGACAAUUCGGCACACAAGUAGAAUUACUCUCUUACUAGUAACAUUUUUCCACAAGUAUGCAAUUAUAUCUUGGUAGUAAACUACUAUGCUGAACUAGUAACACUACUCGGCCCAACUAGUAGGCACGUGUAGCAUACAAGUAGUGACCUAGACCCUACUAAUAGUACCAAAAUGCCCACUAAAGGUUUCGCGUCACUAGUAAUGUAGUCGCCCUACUUGUAACCCAGAAGUGUCAUAUAGUAGUGGAAGAAAUAUUACUAGUUAGAUACAGGCAUUCUAGUAGUGCGCCCUCGUGGGUCUUCUACUGCGCUAGUGUACUAGUACAUGGCCCUUGAGAUUGAUAUCAAGGAAUAAAUGCUUGACUGAAAGCUGUUCGAGCAUUACUUGAUAUACUUGAUAUCUUAAGGUCGAUGGACUAGUACACUCUCUGUCGUCACUAGUAGGACAACUACAUCUUACUAGUAAGGCAAAACUGUGCACUUGUUGACAAUUGCGUGAUACUUAGAAGUGUCACAGUUAAUCAGUUAAUUGAUCAUCCCAUUAAUGGGCAAUUAUUUUGAUAAUCGAUUAAUCGUUUAGAACCAUUGUUCAACUUAGAAUUGUCCAACUCCUAUGAUAUCAGGCUCUCAACAGUAAAUGUUCUCAGAUUUCUUUGGUGCUCCUUGAAAGCAGACUGAUUAUCUUUGUGUUUCAUCCAAAUGAGACAUUUGCAAACAUCUGCUUUUACUUUGGAAAACAAUGAUCAACAUUUUUGCCUAUUUUGUGACGGAUAUUACGGACGAAACCAGUAACCAAAACCUAAUUUAUGCCAUAAAAUAAUACUGUUUAAUCUAUUACGAAAAUAAUCGUUAUUUGCAUCUGUAGCAUGAAUCACCUGUAAUUGAUCUUUUUGAACCUGGAGCAGCCUCACAGGUGUAUAUGAAACUAGUAGCCCUUCGCAUUAAUUGGUAACCAAGAAGUAGCUCUCAGUUUCAAAAAGGUUUGUGAGGACACUGUACAACAUCACUCCCUCUCGUGUGAAAUUGCUUAACUGUAGUUUAUUAAACCGUGUCAAAUAAACAACAAUAAUCGGUUCAUAAACAGUAAUCAGAAAAAAAGAUUUUGCAAUCAACUUUAAUGCAAAAUAAAUUUUUAACCGAUGAAUGUAGUUGUCCAACUAGUAUGCCGGGAGUUGUCAUACUUGACUAGUAAAACAUACUCGUACAUGGACCUUAAACUGUGUAUCAAGAAUAUGCAAUAAAUGCUCAAACUGCUUUCAAUAGUCUCUGGCGUGCCCACAACAUGAUAACAAGCACAGCCAGCUCCGUUUAAUAAAAGUAGGCCGCGGCGUUCCUGCAGGGGUGUGCUCACACUCCUAUUCUCACCAGAGCACAUAGACAUGUCGGGACGCAUCGUAGACGCCCCAAGCCUCUCAAACCGCUCUGCAGUCCUGACAAAGUUCGAAUUUAAAGUGCAUGACAUUGAGGACGAGCCUCCUUCAGGGAACGUUUGCACUGUCGGUGAUCAGGUACAUGCGAGGAACAUUGUAUAGAGAAAUCCAUUUGAGCAUUUAUGCAAUAUACUAUAUACUUGAUAUGCAUCUUAAGCUCCAUGUACUGGUCCGCUCUUUGUCCUCACUAGUAAGACAAUUAAGCUCACUAGUAGAAUGACUUACUUGAAAAAUUUUCCACUACUCUUAUGACAUUUCUGCACACUCGUGGGACAACUUUGGCAUACUAGUAGGACAACUACGUUACGAGUGAGGCAAAACGGCACUGGUCUGCGUGCUACUAGUACUACUCGUGAAGCGCUAGAUGUUAACUCAUUCACUUUCUAGCCGUUUUCAAAGCAGUUCCCCACAUCGCCAUCUGUUUUUGAGCAUUUUGGGUAAUCUUUCAAGACCCGCAGAAUAUUGUUCUCCGACCAAGCCUAUCAAAAGAAAGAGUAGUCUCUUCUUUCACCAGGAAAACAAAAAAAGUUUUGUUUCUAACUUUUUCCGUUCUUUAGUAAUCAGCAGUAGAAUCAGAUCAGUGUUUUACCAAAAACACUCGUUUGUGACCAAAAACCAGACAAAACGAGCAUUUUGUGAAAAGAAACACAUCAAACAGAGUGACUUUGACGCUAAUAUUGAGGGCGUUUGACGGCAAAAUAAUUUAUUUACAGAUAGAUGCAGUUCGAUUUGAGAUGUGGGGCGGCUGUGGCUCAGUUGGUACUGAAGGGGUUUGUCCACUGACCGAAGGGUCAGCGGUUCGAAUCCCGAUUGACUGUCCUUGGGCAAGACACUGAACCCUUGAUUUCCUCCUGGUCAGCAUUGUAAAUGACAAACUGUUGUCAAUUGCCUUACCUGGUUAAACAAAGGAAAAUAAAUACAACUAAGGAAUGUCCGCAUGGCUUGAAUUAAGCGUCACUUGAUUUUUUUAACAUGGCGUUCCUCAUUAACUCCCAUUUUUUUCUCACGAUCACAACACAUACAGUCAUGCUAAAGAAAAUUGCCACUCCCUGGUGUGCAAUGUUUUAGCCAUGACUGUAUAAAAAUAAACUUUUUUUUUUUUUUCCUGUCUGUCUUUGUAUUUGUUAAAUGUCUGAAUAACAAAAUAUUUGUUUUUGUUUUUAUAUAUAUAUAUAUAGACAAUACAGGGGUGCCAAUGUUUUUCCCCAUGACAGUAUAGUACUCUAUUUAUACAUGUGCGUAAACUUGUUUUGCCAAACUAGCAACGUAGUUGUCCUACUAAUAUGCCAAAAGCGCAGAAAAACCUUAAGCUGGAUAUCAAGGAUAUCGAAUAAAUACUCAAACGGCUUUCCAUACGCUGUCAGCCUAUUUGUUUCUCUGUUGGUGGUCCACGUGUGCUUGUUGUGUGUGUGUGAAUACAUUGUAAAUAGACUUGUGUGAAUGUGUGUGUGAUUCAGUGGAGCCUCUACUAUUUGAAGGGCCUGCAUGUUCGAGUCUGUAUCAUGUGUAUAAAUCCAGCUCAUUCAGGCAAAUUUCCCAACUUGCUUGGUGGCAGCGUCUUCUCUCUCUGUUGUGACACAGGCCAAAAUGUGUGGAAUUUUCCUCCACGUCACUUUGAACGCCAAUUUAACAUCUCGCUGUUGGGUUGAAGAGCAAUUGUGGGUGAUAAACUACCACGACAGGAGUUGUAACUGGUUAUCGAGAGGGGGCGUCUCUUGUUAAGCCACGACGACCGCAUGUCCGAAUGUAAACGUGACGACAAAUGAGCAUCUCCUUCAUCUCCGUUCUUGUUGUGUUCUCCUCUCGUAUCACAAGUAGAUACAGUAGAUAUAUUUCACUCUGCCCUGGCAUCACUGCAGGGAAACCAGAGGUCUCCAUGCUUCAAGCACAAACCAUAUUCUUAAAAAGAAAAGGGUUUACAUGACAGGAGUACACGUGGGAAACAUGGGAAGGACUUCACAGAGUAAGGAAUUUUAACUUCUGUGGGGAGUCACGAAGAGGAUUUUUUUUGGGGCAGUAUUUGAAAUAAAAUUUUACAUUUAAUAA